AGCAAUACAAAUUAAAGGAGGAAAAAGAAUGUCUUCCUUUGCCAUAAUCUUUGUUUCUCUAGCAUUAUUAAGCCAAUGCAAAGCUGAUCUAAUAGGUGAUUUUUGCAAAAAAUCAAACAAUCCUUCCCUAUGCAGCAAAACUCUAAGUUCCGACCCUCGAUCCAAAGCUGCCAAUGCUCGAGCACUCGCAGAGAUUGCGCUCGAGAAUGCGGUGUCGGCGACACAAGCCUCCAUAAGGGUGGCUAAGUCGGUGGCCAACCCUGGCAACAAAGCAAUAAUCGACACGUGCGUCGAGACUUUCGGCGAUGCUGUGGAAACCUUGCAAGAGUGCAAGCCGUUGAUACCGAAGCAAGAUAGGCCUAGCAUCGAUACACUCCGAACCAAAGGAUCGGCAGCUCUAACCGAUGUUGAUACUUGCAGCGAUGAGUUUGGAGCUAAGGAGCCAUCUCAAUUGAAACAAGCUAGUGAUAAGGCCUACACAUUUGUUCAGUUGCUUCUUAUCAUUGCUAAUACUUUGUAG